ACAUUUAAAACAUUUCUGACCUGAUAUAAUUCAGAUUUUCCCGGGAUGCACUGCAUGCGUCAACCAGAGCAACGUCCACGUCACAGUAAGUAAACAGGGGUGCCUGGUGGAUCACAAAAAUAAACAGCUGUUUGAUUUUAAUAGCGGAAGUCAAUGGCAGAGCCAUGCCACAGACGCUCUGAGAAGAUGCGAGUGCGCAAACUAUGUAAACAGUGAGGUAAGAAAAUAUGUGAUCGUUGACCUGUUAGUAGUUAACUAUUAGCUUUAAAUGGCACAGUCAGCAUGCGUAACCUGUCACGUGCAUCAAUGAUCGCGAUUCUCAGGGCUUUGGAAAAUGUUUAACGUUUAAAGCUUAUUGCGUUGCGUAAAUUUCGUGCGUAAAGACGCCAUAGAAAUCAUAACCGUGCAUAGUUAUAUCAGUUAAAACCUAUUUUAUACAGUCUAUGGUUAAAACACAGUAUUCUAUGUUGUCAUGUGUUAACGUGUUGUUUCUCUGAUCAAUACGUAUCUAGCUGAUCAAACUGUUGUUCUUAUCUAACCACUCAAAGCUUAGCUCUCCAUAUGUUACCAUACAGUGGUCCCCAGUUUGAACACUGUUUUUAGACGGGCUCUAAUUCUUAUAUACCUUUGGUCAUAUAGACAUAACUGUCUCGAGAAAGCCGCACUUUUUCAGAUCCGGAUUGUCCAUGAUGGCGUGCCCGAGGCAGUUCAUCCUCAAGGCUUUGCGCACGGUUGGCCUUGUGCUUUUCUAUUAUGUGUUUUCCAUUGGGAUAACGUUCUACAACAAAUGGCUCAUGAGGGACUUCCACUUUCCUUUGUUCAUGACCCUGGUCCACCUCAUCAUAAUAUUCUGUUUUUCUACGCUGAUACGCUGUGCCAUGCAGUGCUGGAGCGGAAAGCUUCGCGUAACCCUCUCCUGGAAAGUUUACCUCUCAAAAGUGGCUCCAACAGCACUGGCAUCAGUGCUGGAUAUUGGACUAUCCAACUGGAGCUUCCUUUUCAUCACAAUCAGUUUGUACACAAUGACCAAGUCUUCCGCUGUACUCUUCAUUCUUUUUUUCUCCCUUGUCUUCAAACUAGAGGAGCCGAAUCCAUUCCUGAUCCCGGUGGUGUUACUGAUAGCCAGCGGUCUGUUCAUGUUCACACUCAAGUCCACCCAGUUUAAUCUGGAGGGUUUCCUCAUGGUCGUGUUGGCCUCUUUCAUAGGUGGCAUCCGCUGGACUCUGACCCAGAUCCUCAUGCAGAAAGCUGAACUUGGCCUCCAGAACCCCAUUGACACCAUGUAUCACCUGCAGCCGCUCAUGUUCAUUGGCCUCUUUCCUCUGUUCCUGUUAAAUGAGGGGCUCAGUGUGAGCACCACAGAGAAACUCUUCCGGGUCACUGAACUUUCUCACCUGCUCUACUGUCUGCUGACACUGUCUGUGGGUGGCAUGCUGGCCUUUGGGCUGGGUUUCUCUGAGUUCCUGCUUGUGUCCCGCACGUCCAGCCUCACACUAUCCAUUGCAGGCAUUUUUAAGGAAAUCUGCACUCUGCUGCUGGCGGUGGAGUUCAUGGGCGAUAAAAUGAGCAUGGUAAACUGGUUGGGCUUUACUGUCUGUCUGUCUGGGAUAUCACUGCAUAUUGGCCUCAAAACGUACUAUAAUAAAGGAACUAACUUGAUGGUGCGACAGCUACCAGGAAGAGACAAACCAGACAUUGAGCUUCCACUUCUGCAGACUAAAGAAGACUAUAAUGAAGACACAAACGAUGAGGAGGAACAUGAGAUUCUUCAUUAGACUGAAAAGGGAUGUAUAUGAUGUCAUACAGUAAAGAGGACUGAAUAGAGCCAUGAAUUAUUCUCUUUGAGGGGGUAAUUGGUGGUCACAUUGACCACAGAUACAAAAUAGGCCUCAUCUAUGAGAUCGAUGAACAUAGGAUCUACUCAACAGACUCUAUAUAGCUAUAGCUUGACUCGUUUGAGAGAAUACAGAGAAAUUCUUCAAUCUUUGGUAGGAUUACUCUAAAUAUGUGAGUGGGUACAACCCAACAGUCUCAGCACAGGACCAAUACCCAAGUGACCUUUGAAAUUUCUGUUUACAUUGAUAAUUUAUAUUUCAGUUUUUGAGAAACAAUUAUUUAAUUAAAAACCAUAUAAUGGGA